AUUUUCCACCAUCAUUUUCCUCCAUGGCUUCUAUCUGGCUAGCUCUUGCGUUAGUUGCACUGCCUUUUCUUCUGCAGAAAAUGUUCAAGUUGAAGAAGAAACUUCCCCCGGGGCCAAGAGGGCUUCCACUUAUUGGAAAUCUACACAUGAUAGGUGAAAAUCUUCACCAAGAUCUUUAUAAAAUAGCCAAGAAAUAUGGUCCUAUAAUGACCAUCCGCUUUGGUCUUGUUCCUACUAUAGUUGCUUCUUCUCCUCAUGCUGCAGAACAAUUCUUGAAAAACCAUGACCUAAUUUUUGCUAGUAGACCAUAUCAUGCAGCUUGUCAUUAUAUUUUUUAUAAUCAAAGAAAUCUGAUCAUGGCCAAGUACGGUCCACAUUGGAGAAACAUGCGUAAAUUAUGUGCUCUACAAUUGCUAAGCAGUGUCAAGAUCAAUUCAUUUCAACCUAUGAGGAAACAAGAGCUUGAAAUUCUCGUGAAUUUUCUCAAAAAGGCAGCAUUGAAUCAAGAUGAAGUUGAUCUUAGUGCUAAAGUUGCAUAUCUUAGCGCCAACAUGGCUUGUCUUAUGGUAUUUGGGAAAAAGUAUAAUAUCGAUGAGGAUAAUAAGGGUUUCAAAGGUGUGAUUCAAGAGACAUCGCAUAUAGCAGCAACGCCAAAUCUUGCUGAAUUAUUUCCUUUUCUUCGUUUUCUUGAUCUCCAGGGAUUGGCUCGUCGAAUGAAACAAGUAGCUAAGAGUUGUGAUGAGUUUUUGGAGAAUGUUAUUGACGAACAUGUUCGUUUAUCCACUGAUGAGAAGAAGCAAACUAGUGAUAUUGUUGAUACACUGAUGGGUAUUAUGCGAUCUGGAGAAGCUGAAUUCGAGUUCGAUCGCUGCCAUGUUAAAGCUGUUUUGCUGGACUUGUUGGUAGCUUCAAUGGAUACUUCAUCAGCGGCAAUUGAAUGGAUUUUAUCAGAACUUUUUAGGCAUCCUGAUGUGAUGAAGAAACUUCAAAAAGAGUUGGAACAUGUAGUUGGUAGAAAGAGAAUGGUGGAAGAAUCAGACUUAGAAAACCUACAAUAUUUAGAUAUGGUCAUAAAAGAAGGUUUUAGGCUGCAUCCAGUUGCACCAUUAUUGCUUCCCCACGAGUCCAUUGAAGAUUGCAUAGUGGAUGGGUUUCACAUGCCUAAAGGAUCCCGACUUUUGGUUAAUGUUUGGGCAAUAGGGAGAGAUUCAGAUACUUGGCUUGAGCCAGAAAAGUUCAUACCUGAGAGGUUUCAAGGAAGUAACAUCGAUCUUCGAGGACAAAAUUUUCAACUUUUACCAUUUGGCUCUGGUAGAAGAAGUUGUCCCGGUUUGCAAUUAGGGCUCACCAUUGUUCGUUUGGCGGUAGCGCAAUUAGUUCAUUGCUUUGAUUGGAAGUUACCAAAUGGUAUGAUGCCAAAAGAUAUUGACAUGACUGAAAAGUUUGGUUUAGUAACAGCUAAAACUCAACAUCUAAUGGCUAUUCCCAAUUAUCGGCUGCAUAUUCAGUAGAUGCAAAUGUCAAAAGAAAUCAAAGAUGUGCACUGCCUGUGGUUUGAAUAAGACGAAGGUAAGACAAAUAAGAAAAGUAUUUGCCUUAUUUUCAAUUGUGUAUUGAACUUAUUUUCAAAAGAAAUUGUUUGCAAGCGUGUGGAAUGUUAUCGCGUACUAUUACUUGUUAGUAAAGCUACUAUGUCCUUUUAGUUUCAAAUUUGGAUUAGUAAUUU